GGGAGCAAGAGAGAUAUAAAAAUCCCUUACUCACAGCCUGCAAGCUGUAAGGGACAGAUCGUCUCUAUAGGCUUUUUUUCAUCUUUUUUUUAUUUGCACAUCUACCUGCUUGAUAUUUACGACAGAGAUGGUGCCCGAAGAACUUAUAAAACCAACUGUUUCUGAAGGGACUUCUAUUUGCCAUGCUGAGAGCCUGUGCCAGCAUCUGGAGUGCCUCAAACUUUGUGGAGUGGAUUGUGAGGAUGAGAAGCAAAUGCUGCAAAGCCUCAAUGUGGUCCUGCUGGAAAUAGACGAAGACAUGCAGACAUCAGCGAAGCUGCUCACAGACUAUGAUGUGUUACCAGCAUUGGGAAAAAUACUAAAAACAAGACCAAAUUGUGCACAGAAGGUUGCGCAAGUUAUUGCUGAGCUGGCAAAGAAUGAGGAAACUAGGAAGCCGUGUAUUGAAGCAGGUCUGGUGAUGGCCUUGGUACCUUUGCUGCAGAGUUCAGAUCAGGAAUUGCUUCUGCAUGCUGGCAGAGCCAUUGGUCACAUCUGUUAUGAAAACAAUGAGCUACAAGAGCAGCUGGUGGAACUUGAUGUCAUUACUUCCUUGGUCAAGAUAUUAACAGACUACCCAGAUAAUGAUACGUUGGUGCGUGUGGGUCUCUUGGCCUUGUCCAACCUCGCGGAUCUAGAAAGUGCUAAAGAAGCCUUAAGUAAAACCAUGGUUGUUGAGCAGCUGGUAAAGCAGCUGAAGAGAGCAGAAAACCAUGAAAGAGUUGAAAUUAUUAUUGAGGUCCUCCAGAUGCUGGCAGAGCAUGAGCCCCUUAAGAUGCAACUUGUAAAUGCUUCUGUUCAGGAGACCCUAUGUGAUAUUCUCCAGAGACUGCAAAACAGUUCACAGGCAGAGGACAUGUGUACAAUGAAGUCAUCGUCAGACCUUAUUGUGUCAUUGCUUCUUGGCGAUGAUUCCAUGCAGAAACUUUUUGACCAUGGAUGUGGAGUAGUCUACCAGAAUAUUCCUUUAUGGUUAACCUCUCAGCACACCCUACUUCAGAUGACUGGGGCACUCGCCAUUGCUAAUUUUGCAAGAAAUGAUGCAAACUGUGUGCGAAUGGUGGAGCUAGGUGUAGUUCACCAACUUUUAGACUUGUUGGAACAACAUGUUGAGAACGGAGAUGUUGCUGUUCAGCAUGCAGCUCUCAGUGCUCUACGGAAUCUGGCCAUACCAGUGAUGAACAAAGUACGAAUGUUGGAAGAAGGAGUGGCAAACAGAAUCCAAAUGUUGUUGAGAUCCGAAAUGCCCCCAGUUCAGUUCAAACUAUUGGGUACACUAAGGAUGUUGACUGAUGGCCAAGCUGAUACAGCUAGGAUUCUGGGUCAAGAUUCCAAUUUAUUGGCUAGACUUGUGCAGUGGUGUGAAGCCAAGGACCAUGUUGGAGUACGAGGAGAAGCAAAUCGGCUUUUGGCAUCUCUCUUGCGACACAGCAAGUCUCAAGAUGUAGUCAAGGCUAUUCAAAAGGCCAAAGGUGUGAAGCAUCUGGUAUCCAUGACAACUAGUGAGCACGCCAUUAUGCAAAAUGAAGCCCUUAUCGCAUUAGCCAUUGCAUCUGCCAUCAAUCUUGAGGCUGUUGAAGAAGCCUUCAAAGAGUCAGAGUUAGUAUCAAUCCUGCACAACGUUUUACAAGAUGAAUCUAUGGGACCAGAAGUGAAAUACAACUCCAUGGGUCUGUUAUGCAGCCUCAUAGACUCAGAUGAUUUGCGGAAGGAAAUGGAAGUAACAAACCUGAAAGAAACUUUGGAAAAACUUUGUGGACACAGCAGCAGCAAUGUAAUCAAACAGGCCAGCAAAGUUCUGCGGAUUAUGGAACAUUCAAGGCACAACAGUGACCACUUCUUUCCAUAGUUUUAAUAUUAUGCUUAAAUAGCCAAGCUUGCUUCAAGAACCUAAGAAUAGAGUUAGCCACAAUCUCUGCACCAGCCCAUGUAGCAACCUGCCUCUAGAUUAAAAUAUUUUAGCAACUCUCAGAUAGUAAUGUAAAAAAAUAUGAAUAAGUACAAUAUUUAUUAAGCAUGGAUUUCCAAUAGUGUUGCAACAUAGAGUGAUCUAUUUCACUGAAUGGUAAUAUUAAGAUUCAUUAUUUAUUUUCUCCUAUAUUCAUACUAGUUCUGAAUUACUGUAGAUGUAAAGUGACCUUUUUAAAGACCUAUUUUGUCAUAGCGUGUACGUGUACAAUUCUUUUUUAAAUAAAUGUAAUUUCUUGUUCAGUA